UUAGCUGUUACCCAUAUAAUUCACUGAACUUUCUCAGCUCUUUCCUUCUCUGUUUAAAUAAGUAGGGAAACGGGAACCACUAAUUUGUGUGUUAAAGACCUUUCCUUUGCCCUUUUUCAAUCAAAGGGUAAGCCAAUUCGUAGACGAAUAGAGAGCAGAGCUCCUCUACUGUAAUCUUCAUGGAGCCACAGGUUGGAUCUUCUUCAAGCUCAAGUUCAAGUUAUGAUGUGUUUAUCAACUUCAGAGGUGAAGACACUCGCAAUACCUUCGUUGGUCACCUUUACAGGGCUCUAAAGGAUAGUGGAAUUCAUGUUUUCGUUGAUAGCAAAGAUCUGUGGAAAGGAGAAAAUAUUGGGCCGGAACUUCUCAGAGCAAUAAAAGGAUCCAAACUCUCGAUUGCCCUCCUCAGUGAAAGAUACGCAGAAAGCAGAUGGUGCCUUCUGGAGCUCAGUCAAAUGCUGGAAUGUCAUAGAAUCAACGGUCAAAUCAUUUUCCCCAUUUUCUUCAAAGUUAACCCAUCAGAUGUUAAGAAUCAAACUGGAAAUUUUGAGAUUUCACCUCAGAAACAUGGCAAGGAGAAGCCCCAAACUUUGGACACAUGGAAGGAAGCUUUGCGAGAAGUAGGUGUCAAGAGUGGAUGGGUUUUCAAUGAUGGGAAUGAUGAAGCAGAGCUAGUCGAGGGAAUUGUUCAAGAUGCUUCAAUUCGAUUGAAUAGGGUCCCCUUGAUUGAUGUUAAAUACCCGACUGGAUUAGAAUCCCGUGUAGAAUCUGUGUUAACUCUACUAUCAAAUACCAAUUCUAAGGAUGUUUUGUUUCUAGGGAUAUGGGGUUUGGGUGGUAUUGGGAAAACAACCAUUGCGACAACGGUAUACAACCGCAUCUGUGGAAAGUUUAGCAAGAGUUGUUUUCUAAAUGACAUUGGAGACACAGCAUCACAACUCAAUGGUAUUGAUUGCUUGCAACAAAAACUUCUUUGCAAUGUCUUUAACAAUGAAAUGAAAAUAUACAAUCCUAAACAAGGAUCGAGAUUGAUAAAAGAAAGACUUGGGAAAAUAGAUAUUCUUCUCAUUCUGGACGACGUGAGCCAUCAUACCCAAUUAGAUGCAUUGGCUGGUGAUAUCAAUUGGUUUGGUCCUGGAAGUAGGAUAAUUAUAACAACUAGAGAUCAGGGCACUCUUUGUAGAAUUCCAGAAAAUGAUAGAAAAGUAUACGAGCCUAAAGAGUUGAAUAUAAAAGAGAGUCUUCAACUCUUUAGUUCUUAUGCUUUUUCUAUGAACAAACCUCCUGAAGAUUAUAUGCAGGUUUCAAAUGAUAUAAUACACACCACUGGAGGGUUGCCCUUAGCCUUGGAGGUCUUGGGUUCUUAUUUAUCAAUGGAAAAAGAGAAAGAAGUUUGGCAAAGCAUGCUUCGGAAAUUGAAACAAGUUCCUCAUGAUGAUGUUUAUGGAAAACUAAAGAUAAGCUAUGAUAAACUGCAUGAUAAUAUUGAGAAGGCCAUGUUUCUUGAUGCUGCGUGUUGUUUUAUAGGAUAUGAGGAAGAAAUUGUAAUUUCCAUAUGGGAAGCUUGUGGCUAUGAACCAAGAUUCCGUUUAGAAGUUCUUAAGAAAAAAUCCCUCUUGAAGAUUAAUGAGCAGAAAGUGCGUACAGGUACAUAUAUACGCAAAUCUAAAGUCUUAUUGAUGCACGAUCAGAUUCGUGACAUGGGAAGGCAAAUUGUCAACAACCAAAACCCUACAAAACUUGGUAAACAUAGCAGGUUAUGGUCUUAUGACAAUAUCAUGAAGGUAUUAAGUGGCGGUAAGGGGAAUGAAAUGGUUGGAGCUCUCCCCCGUAGCAAGAACCACAUUUUAAAUACUAAAAUUUUUAAGAAGAUGCCCAAUCUAAGAUUGCUACGAGUUGAUGGAGUAACCUUGGAAGGGAACUUUCAAUGUCUUCCUUCUACAUUAAGAUUUCUGAGUUGGUGUUAUUGUCCAUUAGAAGAAUUACCUACCAAUUUUUAUCAUGAAGAAAUAGUUAUGCUUGACUUAAGUCAUGGCUAUUUUAAACUAGCUUGGAACAAUUGUCUUGAAAAUAAGGUGUUUCAACAAUUGAAAGUUCUUAAACUCAGUAAUUGUGUGAAACUGUUUGAGUCUCCCAACUUCUCAGGAUUUCCUUGUUUAGAGAGGUUGUAUCUUGAUGGUUGCUCUUUGGUUAAUUUACAUGAAUCUAUUGGGAAGCUCCAGCAGCUCGUUUACUUGAACUUGGGCUUCUGCAUUUCUCUUAAGAAACUCCCAAAUAGUAUAUGUAGGUUGAGUUCUCUUCAGAAGCUUAUUCUCAGUCAUUGCAUCUUACUCACAGAGUUGCCUAAGUCCAUUGGUGAUCUAAAAGAAUCUUUGGUUGAGCUUCUCUUGGAUUAUACAAAUAUUAAGGCACUUCCUGAUGGUGUUGGAUUAUUAAAGAAGCUGGAGGUAUUAGAUCUUUCACACUGCUUUAGUCUGGUGGAUCUGCCAAGGUCAUUGGAAAAUAUGACGUAUUUGCGUUACAUUCUCCUAAGUGGACGUGCCAAGCUUCGAUACAUACCAAAGCUGCCCUCUAAUUUAAUUGAACUUCGUUUCUGCGAAUUACUAUCAAGCUUAACAGACUUGCGUAACAUGAAAAGGUUGGAGAUAUUGUGGCUUAAAAAUUUGUGUGUGAAGGAGGAGCAGCAGUUUAUAAGAGGCAUUGUGAGGAAAAGUUAUGGUGAAUUCAAUUUGAUGGCAUUAGCAUGUCAAAUCUGCGUUCAUUACUCAUGGCUUAUGCAUGGCCAGGUCCAGUCUGGUCCUUUCUUCUCAGAGGGAGCAUGUCCUUGGGGAAACAAUAAAUGUCAAAGACAAAUUUGGAUACGUUUGCAGGAGAGAGAUGAAGGUCAUUUUCGUAAAUACACGAUUCCUUAUGAUGAGAUCUGUAGCAGGAGGUUAAUUAUGCUCAUUUCUAUGAGAGUCAGUGGAUUUGAUCCAAUACUUGCUGAACUAGUGGAGGAUGUGGUACAAGUAAAUACAACUUUGAAUUUUAAAGCUUGUAUCCAUAGCAGCAAAGACCAAAAUAUAACCUAUUGUGAAACUAAGCUGAGAAUUGAGGACAUUGAAUUGAUAAAUCCAGUUUUAAACAAAGUUCACGAAUUGGAAGGAUCUGAUUAUCGAGAUUUAGAGCAUGUUGUCAAGUUCAAAGGGUUUGAUUGGUUUGGGUUUCAGCUGGAAAGUGGAGAUACUAUUGAGAUAUUAGAGAUAGAUCAAGAAGAAGAUCAUCCUACAACUAAUGAUGAAUAUGGCUGUGAUCGUGGGAUCUGUUGCUCUGUGAGAGAGCUGAACCUCUUCCUUAUAAAAGAGGAAGGAUCAACUAAUGAAAUGGAGGGUGCAGGUAGAAGGAGAGUUACUGUGGGUGAUCAAGAACAGUGCAGGAACAAUUACAGACUUGAUUUUCUGAGAUACCACCCAAAUGAUGGAGUCCAUUCGGGACACUAUAAGGGAUGGUUAUUUCAACCAGACUCGAUGCAAUUGAUGAAUACAGAGGAGUUGGUCACAGUUGACGGGGAAGGGGAUGACAAAUAGAGACCAGGCGAAACAAGUCAUGAGGGAGCAACGGAGGACUUUCGUAAUUGGACAAGAUUUUAAGUUGAUAUCAGAGAAUGGCUUAAAUGCUUUGAGAAUUUCAGUACGGGAUGGUGGACAACAAGCGACCCACACCCACCAAAGCCUUUGUGAGUGCUGGGGUCCUUGCAGGCUUUGGACAAUGCCUUUCUGUGGGCUCAUUACCCAGGCUCCCAAAAUGGUUAUGAACACAGUUCCUCAAGAGAUGGAUUUCAGGACUGGGGAGAGACAGAUCAAAGGAUACAGCCAAUAGUUGCAGUUAUAGGCUUCCUCACUGCUAAGUACAUAAAAAUAGCGUCAAACCGUUUCAACAAAUCAGUCGAAACUGUUCAUCUAUGGCCAGACAUGCUUGCACAGUCUUUGAGAGCAUAUUUCCCAGAGGUUUUAGUAUCUGAACAUGUAUGUACCUAUAUAUAUAUAUAUAUAUAUAUAUAUUUUUUUUUUUU